CCAUGUUAUUCGGUCCUCUCAGCACAUCCCUGGCACCCCAGGUGAAGUCAUCGCGCACUCUGCUCAAAUGGAUCACUCCCAUUGCAAACUGGUAUGCGAACGCAUCUGGUUACAGAAAAUACGGCUUCAAAUAUGACGACCUACUUUGUGAAGAAAACCCUGAAGUACAAAGAGCUCUGUCCCGUUUGACACCCCGUGAAGCGUACGAUCGCGCCUACCGCUUGAAACGAGCCUCACAAGCUAGCAUCCUCCACGCACCCCUAUCCAAAGAGCAAUGGAUGCAGCCCUCAGAGGAUAUCCGGUACUUGAAGCCACAUGUCGUUGAGGUCAUGAAGGAGGAGGCUGAGAGGAAGAUGUGGGACACCGUCGCGGUAGAAAGGAAGUAGCUCCUCCAAUUAGAUUUCGUCGCCACCCUUCCGAAGCAUCGUUCGGCUUUCCUAUAAAAUGGACAUGGAAUACCUUUGAACAUCUCUC